CUGUCAGUUAUCCGAAACCUGUUGAGUGACCGAAAAAAAAAGACACCCUGAAAAUCGUUGCUCGAUUAAGUGCUAGAUCUCGGCCAGGAUUUAUUGUUAAUGUCUAAUUAUAGUUUUUGUUCGCUUGUUCCAAUUUAUUUUCGGUAACAACAAAUCGUGAGUCGUAAACACAGAGAGCAACUCGUUUGGUGGCUUUAGUGGUUGGUUGGUGGGCUUUGAAUCGUGAUCUAUGGGUAAAACGCAUCAAAUUGUGCUCAACUUGCGGAGGGAUUCCCCCACUGAGCAAUGGGGAUUCAGUUUGGUGGGUGGUGCCGAUGUCAAGAUGCCGCUGAUUGUCACCAGGGUCGGAUUCGGCUCACCCUCAAACGGGGUCCUGCAGCGUGGUGAUAUCAUCACCAAAGUGGGCAACUACGAUGCCAGGGACAUUCGUCACCAGGAUGCCCAGACUUUAUUUAAAAACGCUGGCAAUAACAUUCGAGUGGUAGUGCAAAGAGAGAACAAUCCUCGACACAACACCAGCACAGGAUCAUCAAGGACUAGCUCUCACAAUUACAGCCCCUUAUCGGUCUCACCACAUCUUUCACCCAAAGGAAACUAUUCGACGCCUUCGCCAUACAGUCCAGCAGGAUCAGCACUGACUCCUUACUAUUCCUCUCCUUUGACACCGAUCGACGACAACUAUUUUGAACCGGUCUACUAUGGCAGCCACAAGAAGCAGGACACCGCCAACGGACAGGACAUCCAUGUCACCAACCAGCCCUACCGUACCACCCCUCUGGUACUCCCCGGUGCCAAAGUGAAGCGUGAACCCGGUCCAACGGAGAGUUAUCUACGACACCACCCCAACCCCGCCGUAAGGGCGCCCCCACACCACCUUGAUCCCGAACAUUUAAUCAAGCAAAAGGUUACCAACACAGUUUUGGAAAGAUUAGCCACCGGCGAUCCGAAUAAACAGCUUGUCCACAAGCAAUUCAACUCCCCGAUCAAUUUGUACAGCGAGCCAAACAUUGCUGACACCAUUCAAAAACAAACUGGCAUAAAUCCAAUUCGCAAGCAAGUCAAGUUCAAUCCGGCCGAGAGUGAGACCUACAAAGCCCUUCAAGAGGAGCAGUUGGGCGAAACGGUGCAAGAAGUGACCGUUCCACCCCAGAGCCGCAUCUACGCUCCCAACAAAACAAUCCCGGCCAAGAAAUCGUCCCAUCACGUCGUAAACCAGAACCCAUCCUUCAGCAACUCUCUCGGCGACCCUGAGGUGAUCCAACAGAGCGGAUCGUUCAAAAGGCUGAUGUGGAGCGUCCUUCCCGAAAGCAGCUACUAAAUCACUGAAAAAAAAACCCGAUCCCCGAACUGAAACGACGAAUAUUUUAGAAAUGUUCGAAUCUAGUUUUAGGAAAAUAUCUAUCAAAUUUGAUCGUGCAAAUACGUAGAGCCCUUUUAACAUCCGAUUAAUUUGACAGGUGUUACCUGAAUGAUAUACUUUUUCUUAUUAUUUUGAGCUUAGCUUAAGAUGUAUGUUGCUUAAGUCGAUGUCUUGCGGCUUGUGUUGAGUCAAGUCGCAACGAUCCACGGCCAGAUUUUUGUUUCGUUGUACUAUAUAUUUUCAAAUUUUAUUAAACGAGUGAAUCUAGUCAGAUACGUAGGUAAGUACACUAUUUUAUAGUAUUUUAACGUUCACAUUAACUGCUAAGUUAUUAUAACCAUAGAAGGAUUGUUAUUUUUGUGCCACAUAAUUUAUAUCAAGUAAACUUAUUUCUGUAAAA